CGUCUUUAAACACGAAGAGUGAGUGAGUGAGUCGGAGCCUCACUUGGAGGGUUACUCUGUUUUUCAUCCCGCACUAAAACUUCCCUCAGUCCUUUUUCUUCCUCUUUGACCGCUGACAUGUCGACCCCUGGGACCUCCCCUGCAGACGGGAUGUACUCCAAACUGAUAGACGAUGAAGUCCCAUACGACGAGCUCAACCGUGGGACAGAUGUUGGACACAGCGGUCACUCAGUCUCCCACCUCAGAAUGAUGCCCAGACCAAGUGGCCCCGGGCCGUACCGCCUCGCCACCAUCUGCCUGGCUACGCUUUGCGCCGUCCUGCUGAUCUCCAUCAUAGCCGUCACUGCACACUAUAAGAACAAGCCUCAAGGCGGCAGUGAGGCCACUGCAGAGGCGCAGAAACAGUCUCAGGUUGCUAAUGUGUCAGCUCUGACCGCUUCCAUAAACAAACUGCAGCAGGAGAAACAACAGCUGCAGAAAGAAAGGGACGAUCUGCAGAAAGAGAGGGACGAUCUGCAGAAAGAGAAGGGUGAUCUGCAGAAAGAACGAGAUGAGCUGCAAGCCAAACUGGCUACUAAGCCAACGCCACAAGCUCCUGAUGUAGUCAGACCAACAACUAAGGCUCCUAUCAUCUGCCCCCCGGACUGGCAAAUCUUUAACGACAGCUGCUACUUUAUCUCUAGAAACUCAAGGAGUUGGCCGGAGAGUAAGUCUUUCUGUGAGAGCAAAGGAGCUCACCUGGCCAUCAUCCACACACCUGAGGAACAGACAUUUUUAUGGGAUCUCCUACCCAGAGGCCACUGGAACGCCUACUGGUUUGGGAUCACUGAUGGACACACAGAGGAUGUUUGGAAAUGGGUGGAUGACACCCCACUGGUUGGGGGUUUUUGGGAGGAAGGCGAGCCGAACAACCACAUCGAUGAAGACUGUGGCUACAUCGUAAAAACCGAAGUGUUAGAGCGAGUGGCGAUUCGGAGCUGGUACGACGCUCCAUGCUCCAUGUAUUGGCGCUUCAUAUGUGAGAAAGAGAUGGGUGUCGGAGGCAGCACGGCUAUGCCGCACUGAGACGCCAACUCUGAACAACAGAGGACAGAGAGGGAUCGAUGUAAACCAGUCCACAGUUUGUCUUACGACAGCCUAUUAGGGCCAGUCUGACAUCAAAACAUUUUUUUUCUUAGAUUAAUCUGAAAUUAGAUAUAAAGUGGAAUAUUUGUCAGUAAAUCCUUUGCAGAGUAUGACAUCUAUUUUUUACCUUUUCCUUUUUUAUGGUGAGGGGAAACUUUAUGAGAACUAAACCUCAACCUCGAGGCAAACUCCAUCAUGUGGUAUGCCUUUUCUUCUGGGUUACAUCCUGUAUGUGACUUUAUGAAGUCAGAGGAUGUCCAAUGUUGUUUUUCUUUGAAAUAUCUGGCAUUUAAACUAGAGUUGUUGUAAUUACGAUACCAGUUUUGGAAAUAUGUCCGAUGACUGGUCAAGCCUCUGGAGCCACCAUCUACUCCUUAAUGAAAAAUUCUGACACAACUUUCUUUUUCGAGUUGGAUUUAUUUACCGAAAAAUAAUGCAGUGUGGCUAUAAAGCAGCACAAAACAUUACGAAACAAAGAGACAGGACGAAAGAGGAAUUUUAAAAAGGUCUUUUUAGAUACUACCUGAGAACCACUGCUCUGGAUAAAGAGACUAAAAGAAAUCCAAGAAUGUGCCUCAUCUACAAGUUUCUCCAGCUCAGCCAAAAAGAAAUGAAUAUUCAUGAAACAUAGCAGUAGGGAUGCAUGAUAUUAUGGGCAUCUCAGUAUUGCACAUAAACUUUCUGCUGACUUUUACAAUCAGUAUAAUGAAAAUGAAAAUGCGGCUGUAUCAGCCAUAAAUAUGAUCCUUUUGUGGAAAUGAGUAAGUGGAUGUUUUAGUCUUAACCAAGAGACCUACAUCAGCUGAAGUCCAUUUAUUUGUUAAUUAGUCGUCAAACUUUAAAUUGUGUGUUAAAGACUUAAGUUGUAGUUUUAAACUACAUUUAUCUGUAAUGGCAUUGGCCAAAAUGAAAUUGUAUCAGCAUAUUGGAUAUUGGCAAAAACCCGAAACCAUGCAUCCCUACAUAACAGUACAGACGCAGAAUUUAUGUAAACAUUGAAAGGAGACAUUUUAAAGGACCAUGAGAUAAGUGUAUCUGUUUCUAAAUGGCUCAGACUUCACCUAUUUGUAACUGUAAAGUCAUCACAGAGUAACUCGUCAAGAAUAGGGAAUAAAAAAAAGGAGAUGCAAGCUAAUUUCUUUGCAAGGAAUCAGUUGUUACAAGUUUGUUUAUCCAGUAUCACCUACGUGUAACCUCCACAUAAGUAAUAUAAUGCCUAAAUGACCAAACUAACUUCAGCCCAUUAGCUAAUAUAAUCAUUUAGAUUUCAGAAAGAAAAGGAAAACAUCUUAUCUGUUGCAAAAAUGAUUUUUUUUAAAUAUUUUUGGGGGCUUUUAUGCAUUUUUUUAGAGAGAGGGAUGUUGGAUAGAGCUGGAAUCUGCUAUGAAAGAGUGAGGGAGAGACACAGGCUGGACUUAAACCCAGGCCGCCUGUGCACAUGGGGCAUGACCUAACCCCUAGACCAUCUGUGCCCUGUUGAAAUGCUUUGAACCACCAUAUUACUUCAAACUCAUUAUAUUAAUCACAAUGCAAUCCAAUAAUUGUCCAUAAUCUAAAUCCAAUCAGAAAGUCACUGACUCUUACUUUCAGACUGAAUAAAAUCCAAAAUGAAACAAAACUGUGUGAAAUGCAAAAAAAAAAAGAUUUCAAAAUGACACACAAUAAAACACAGUUGCUUACAGAAAUUCUGAGAUUAAUCACAAUUGGAAAAUUGAAUCCUUUGGAAUUAGGAUCUUGAAAUAACACAGUAGGUAAAAUAAGGCUUCAUGUAAACAAACAUUAGACUCAGUAAGUUUGCAUGUUUAAUUAGCAAAAUAAAAUUUUUCCUGCUUGGAUGUAACUUCCUGUUUCUUAUUUCUUCAGUUAUGAUAAGUACAAUAAAAUACUACCUAAAUUAAUUUGUUUGAAUUGCACAUAAAAUUUGUCUUUGCUAGUUAUUGCCUACACUUAACUUUAAAGAGGUUUUAAUACUGCAGUUUGAUCAAAUUUUAAGUAUUUGUGUUCAAAACUCAGGAAACGUUUUUCUUUUUUAAACAAGAACCUUUUAAAUGAAUCAAUGAUUAAGAGUGCAGUGUACUUAUUUUUACUUUUAGAAGAAAAUUAAUUACUUAGAAUUUUUGCACACUAAUAAUUCAAAGAAUACAGGAUUUUAACCUUUUUAUAUAUUUUAUACAUUUCUUAAUUGUUCAAAAAGGACUCCAGCUAUGAUUCCAACCAUAUUGCCUUGAUUAUCAGCUAAUCAACUAAUCAUCAAUAGUGAUUGUGAGCCUUAAAUAUUAAUUAUAUUACAUUUUUAUCAUUUCUUUUUUAUAGUUUAUAGAUCAGAGAUUUUAAUUACUGAAAUAAUAUAAAAUGAUCUUUUUUCAUGUAAAUGUCCUUUUUAGAUAUUAACAAAUGUUCAAUAUAAAACUGUACUAUGUGUAAAUAAUGCAUCUGAAAUAACUUUGAUUAUAUGUGGAUGUUUAAGUGUCAUGUUUGGAUGGUUUUUACUCACAUUUGUCUCUUGUGGAUUUUGUAAAUAAAUAAUAAAGACUGUUGCUUUUCAUCUUAA